CACCAGGAAACGCCCCAUGCAUCCGCAGAAACUUCAGUGACCAAAAUGGCAUCCUAACUGUCUCUUUGAUCUUCGCUAGCGAGAUAAUCAACAUAUUGAAGAGUAGUCCUAUGGGUAUGGCAAAUCUUCACAUCCCAGUCAUCAACAAUUAGAUCACGGAUCUGAUCGAUAGUGAUCUUCACAUCACGACGCCGUUUUCUGCUUCUCGCUUCUCGUGGAUUAUAGUUGUAUUCUUUUGCUGCAAAACUCGAAAAAAUUGUCCUCCUCAUCGGCUCGUCAUUCCCCCGUUGCCGAUCGUGCUCGUUUAACUGUUUAAGUCUUCGUCACCGUCGCCCCCCGUCGUCCUUUUCGCUGCUGCCCACCGUCGCUCAGAUGCCCAUCGCCGUCUGCAGAAGAGAGGCUGUGAAAUAUUCUUCCAGGUGAAGACUUAAUUGAGCACGAACAGGAAUGAUGGGGACGAUUUGUUUGAUCUUAUAACAUCACACCUCUGUUUUGCAGCAAAAUGGCGUUAAUGCAGGGCAAUACAAGAAGCUGAUUGCUGAGAAAUAGAGAAGGGCGUCUUCUAGCCUAAGUCAAGGGAAAUGGACAGAGUCGAUUAGUGGAGAUUAGGAAAACAUGAGGCUUCAUUUUUGAACUUCUAUAAACACAUCUUCAGCCAUCUAUAGCAGUCAUUCGUUUUGCUCAUACCCCUUCUUGUUCAUCGUUGGUAUGUCCACAAACAAAAGGAACAGAACAAAAGUAGAAAUGAGAGAGAGGAUCAGUAGUUUGCCAGACUCAUUGCUUCUUCAUAUUCUCUCUUUUCUUCACACCAGAGAUGCUGUUGCUACGAGCCUCUUGUCCAAGAGGUGGAGACCACUCUGGCGCUCCAUUCCCAAACUUGAAUUUGACGACACUAAUUUUCAUAGUCUUGAAUUCUUCCUUCAAUUUGUAGAUGCAGCUCUCCUCUUAGUUCAUUUGAAUUCUGUUCAAAUGUUUGUUCUCAAGUGUAAGCGUUUCCCUGUGCCCACUGUUAAGGUUAACAUUUGGGUUAACGCAUUGGUCAGUUACAAAUUAAGGCAUCUAGAGCUAUAUUUUCCAAGAGAUUUUAUUAGGUUGCCCUCUAGCAUUUUCAUCUGCAAUACCAUUAGUGUCUUAAAGUUGACUAGGUUGAGUUUGAGUAAUAUUUCUACAGUUAAUCUGCCUUCACUUAAAGUCUUGCAUUUGAAGGAGGUUCGAUUUUCAAAUUUUGAAUGUGUGGGAAGGCUUCUUUCUAAUUGUUUUCGUCUUGAAGAAUUGGUGCUAAAUCUUUUGUUAAUACCUUAUGAGCAUUCAGGGCACGACAUUGCGAGGUUUAAUCAUUUGUUACUCGCAGAUAUUCCACUAUUUGGAUUCCCAAUAGAAGCUUUUUCUAAUGUUCAAUUUCUUAGCUUAUGUCAGGAAGAUAUAGGAUAUCCUUCUGAUAUUCCAACAUUUCAGAAUUUAAUCCAGCUACAAAUUGAGGAAUUCUCUUAUAUCAGUUGGAGCAUAGUGAGCUUGCUCCAAGGCUUCCCCAAGCUUCAAAGUUUUAUAAUUCAUAAGUAUGGUGAUUAUGAUUCAGAUGAUGGUGAUUAUGAUUCAGAUGACGAAUGUUUGAUGGAAUUUUCAACACCUAAUGUUCCUCCAUGUGUUUCAUCUCACCUGAAGGAGUGUGCUAUUUUUGGCUUCAAAGGCUCCAAACUUGAAUUUGAAAUUGUAAAAUUUAUAAUGGAGAAUGCAACAGUGUUGAGGACUGUCAUUGUUGGGAGCGCUGGCACAUGUGAAAGGAAAGACUUUGAAAUGCUCAAAGAGUUAUCGUCAUACACCAGAUGCUCUUCAAAUUGUAGACUUAUUUAUGAUAUAUUUGGGGAAAAUACUGAGGAGGCGAUGAGAAAAUUCUUGAAAAUUAGGAAGCCAUCAGUUCCUCCAACUUGAGUUAUUGAAAUUAGAAGUUUGGAGAAGGGUCGUGAACUUCGUUACAUACUUCUGAAAGUUUAAGAUCAUUUGGUGCAUCAGAUAUUAUAUGUAACGACCCUGCAAACUUCUUGUAUUUGGUUCCUUUAAUGCUGGACUUUUUUCCCCUUAAUGUUCACACUAUUAUAUCCAUUUCAUUUGGAAGUAUUUGAAGGCCCGUAGACUUGUUUAAUUCCCAAGAUUCAGUGUUGGAUGAAUCAUCACAAAUAGUAUAAUCUUGUGCA